AUGGCGCACUGGUUAACUGUGGUCAUUGCGCUCACCUGCCUGGGUGGCCUGACAUCCCCGAGUCCUGUGCCUCAGCUAUCAAACACCUACAAGGAGCUCAUUAGGGAACUGAUGAACAUCACCGACAGCCAUAAGGCAGCCCUGUGCAACGGCAGCAUGGUGUGGAGCAUCAACUUGACCCACGGCAGUGAGUACUGCGCCGCCCUGCAAUCCCUGAACAACGUCUCCAACUGCAGCGCCCUCAGUAAGACGCGGCACUUGCUCCUUGGCCUCUGCCCUCUGAGGAUCAAAGCCGGGCAGAUCUCCAGGAUACUCACCAGAGAUACCAAAAUUGAAGUGAUCCAGUUCGCACGCCACCUGCUCACCCACUUCCGGAAAAUGUACAAAAGCAUCUGGGCAGCGCAGACCCGGGCCUGA